AUGGAGUUUUGGGAACUCCUUUCACUUGCUGGGGAGGGGUUAAUGGGGGUAGAUUUUGAAGUAUCAGUGAGAGCAGGAGGUAAGGAAUUUUUCUCGCCUCCAUUAAUGUCUGGAACAUUAAUGAUGGGGCAAGGACCCAUGAUAGGAGAUAAGGCUGGAGAUCAACGAGAAGAGAAAGAAGGAAGGUGGAAAGAGGGGAUCGAAGGGGAAGAAGAGGAGCAGGGGAUGGCCAUGUCUGCUAGUAGUGGAAGAUGGGAGGCUGGUGGUGGUGGGUUUGGCUUGGACUGGUGA